UAUUGAAAACGUGAAGUCUCCAGCGUAAUUUCUCUAUUCCUUUUUUUUUUUUUUUUAUGAGAGGAGACCAACAGGGGAAAAAGGUUUUAUUCCAUCAGUUAACACAGUAUGCGGUAGGAAUUGAUAGAUGAAUACCUUUUUCUUUACGCAUAAUUUCUUCAUUUCAUCCUAUCACUCGUGUCAGAUUUGGCUCAGCAGAAGCAAAGGCUCAGAGGAUUCCCAACAAUACCAAUCAGAUACCAACAAGAAUGGACAGUCACCUUGCUAUGUCCAACAGGCUCAGAGGAUUCCCAACAAUAGCAGUUAUCAGAUACCAACAAGAAUGGACAGUCACCUUGCUUUGUCCAACAGACUCCUCCAGAAGCAAGGAACUGCCAGUCCAGUACAUCACAGGAGGCAUUGCUAUUGGGCGGCAAAAAAAAUUCACCCUUCAGGAAGAUAUUUGACCACAGUCUGCAGAAGAUGUGUGAGUCAGGCCUGAUGAACAAGCUGAGGACCAAAUGGCUAUCAGCAGGAACCUCAACAUGGGGCAGGAAGACUAAAAAUCACAGCCAGCCUCUCUGAUGUGGCUGCAGUCUUCAUCCUCUUGAUGGGUGGUGCAGCAUUUAGCUGUCUGCUGCUGCUGCUGCUGCUGCUGCUGCUGCUGCUGCUGCUGCUGCUGUUGCUGCUGCUGCUGGAGUAUGUGGUACAACAUGCAAGACAGAGGUGGUGGAUGAUGAGUUCCUGGGGAUUGCUGACCUCAAUGAAGCACAGACAUAACAAGAGACGGGAGACCUGCACUGUUAAAGCCUUAAGCAUUCUAAUCACAUUCCAUGUAACUCUCUUCACUCUUAGAUCCCUUAUUGGGUAUUCUUAUGUAUAGUUGCUCGCAAAUAUGGAGUUUAGUUAUAAC